AUGCAGAGCCUGGCCCAGGUGGAGGUGCCAUUCCAGGGCGUGACGCUGAACCGCUGUCUCUUCAUCGCCAUCACCAUUCUGGUCGUCACUGACUCACCUUUGAGAUGUGAACAAGUAACAGUUGUGGCUAAGAGGAGUUUAAGUGAAUAUUGCGGUGCUGUUGUGGUUGUAGAGAACCUGCGUGGCCGUCGGGACGUGCUUGAGGACGAGCAGGAGGAGUACGGGUUGAGUCUGAAGCACAGCGCUCUGAAGAAGCAUCACCACGAGCCAGAGCCUGAGAGCUCUCUCUGGGACACCUUCUUCUGGUGGGUGGCCGACGAUGACGAUGAUGAUGAGGACGACGAAGAGGAGGAGGGAGGCCGCAGCCGUGGCCGAAAGAAGAAAGGAGGCCGAGAGAAGCCCAGCAGGGGCCUGAGGAACAGAGCCUUGCCGGACAAGUCCCUGCUGAAGAGGGGCGAGGGCAGCCUGAGAGACAGGAAGGACAAACGCAGGAGGGGAGAGGAGGAGGAGGAGGAGAGGGGCAAAGGAAAACGAGCGCACGAUAAGAAGGCAAAGAAGAGGAGGAUAGAGGAAGAAGAGGACGAAGAAGAUGAUGACGAAAUGGAAGACGAGGAGGAGGAAGAAGAGGAAGAAGAAGAAGAAGAAGUGAAACCAAAGAAGAAAAUGGCUAAACAUGUAAAGGAAAAACCGACCCAGCCUAAAGGCAAGGUUAAGAAGAAAGCCAACUGAUAACUUUUAGUGAUAGUAAAAGGCACAGCAGUACUUCCAUCUCAACCUCCCCUCUAAAACACCAGACAAACACCCAAGUGCAAACUGGAGACACCAAGCUUGCUCAAGCUGAGCAACAAACCUGUAAUGCUGCAGUUUACACUUGAUCAUCUAUUCGCUACAUCAGUGGGUUUCAGUCCUACUCCUGGGCCCAUCUGUAUGUUCUCCUGCACUACUACACCACGGGCACUCUUGAAUAACUGAACCCACUGCAUUUAGCUAUUUAAAGAGCAUUCUAACCACACUGUCUUCAAUCAGGUGUGUUUGAUGCUGCGGUGGGUAGAUGAGCGCCUUUAGGAGCUAAUGUACAUCAAGAACCCUUACACUGUAUGCAUCAGGUCCCUGAUACUGUACAAAAGUGCUAUACACAUUGACCUCUCACUAGUAAUAACAGAUCAGUGAUGAGGGACCAUAUUGCUGGAAACAUGACAAAUGUUUGCCUGUCCACACAGAAAUAUGUGGAUUGAGCUCUGUAAUGCAGAAACAUAAAGAGGCACUUUCAACAUGUGCAUGAGAAAGAUUUGAAGACUUCUUAUGUGUCGCAUCUCUGACUACAUGGUAGAUAUAAUAAGUAGGGUGUGUAAACGUUUGGAAAAAACAGCCUUUAAACUAUUGCUAAGCAAAAUGUAUGUGAGUAAAUGAUGUGUAUAUACAGGCUGAAUCAAUAAAUUUGUUUAAUAAUA